UCUCCGCGCCUGCGUAGUUUGAGGGACCGCUAGCCGCGGAGUCUGGGGCCGCGUUGUCUGUCUUCUGUGAGGCUCCGCAUCCUGCCCCGGGCUCUCCAGGCCCCGCUUUGCCCUCCUCCGCAUCCUCCCCCGCGGCGCCACUAUGAGCUUCUUCGGUUUUGGGCCAGCUGCGGAGCUGGACAUCGCGCUGACGGACGGGGAGAGCCGCCGCCGGGUGGAGCACAAGAGCGAGGACGGCAAGAAGGACAAGUACUAUCUGUUCUAUGACGGGGAGACCGUGUCCGGCCGGGUGACCGUCACCCUCAGGAACCCGGGCAAGAGGCUGGAGCACCAGGGCCUCAAGAUCGAGUUCAUCGGUCAGAUCGAGCUCUACUACGACCGUGGGAAUCACCACGAGUUUGUGUCGUUAGUGAAGGACUUGGCUCGGCCCGGAGAGAUCUCCCAAUCGCAGAGCUUCGACUUUGAAUUCACCCACGUGGAGAAGCCGUACGAGUCGUACACCGGUCAGAACGUGAAGCUACGGUAUUUUCUACGCGCCACCCUCAGCCGGCGUCUGAACGAUGUGGUGAAAGAGAUGGACAUCGUGGUGCACACGCUCAGCACGUACCCCGAGCUCAACUCUUCCAUCAAGAUGGAAGUGGGGAUCGAGGACUGUCUGCACAUUGAGUUUGAAUACAACAAGUCCAAGUACCACCUCAAAGAUGUCAUUGUGGGGAAAAUCUACUUCCUCCUCGUACGGAUCAAAAUCAAACACAUGGAGAUCGAUAUCAUCAAGCGAGAGACGACGGGCACGGGGCCAAACGUCUACCACGAAAACGACACAAUCGCCAAGUACGAAAUCAUGGACGGCGCCCCCGUAAGAGGGGAAUCCAUCCCAAUUCGGCUUUUCCUUGCUGGGUACGAGCUCACGCCGACCAUGAGGGACAUCAAUAAGAAAUUCAGCGUUCGCUAUUACCUCAACCUGGUGCUGAUUGACGAGGAGGAGCGGCGUUAUUUCAAACAGCAGGAGGUGGUGUUAUGGCGUAAAGGAGACAUUGUAAGGAAGAGUAUGUCUCACCAGGCCGCUAUCGCAUCUCAGCGGUUCGAGGGGACGAGUCACCCGGAGUGCAGAGCGCAGCACAGCGGAGCCGCCGCGGGGGACCCGGAGAACGAGUGACGCCGCGUCUUGCCGCCUCCUCCGGGCUGCCGCUGGCUGAGUAUACAGUGACUGUACCUAUCCGACCCCAAACUCUUCACCACCUCGUGCUACCACCCAACGGCACGGACAGUGGGUCAGUGUUUGCCGGGAGAUGAUUCCAGCCCAACCAACCAGGCCAAACCCCGUGUCUUCUGGCCGUGUUUUGACGUUUGGUGAAAUUUUGGGGGAGAUGAGAAUUCUGUUGGCCCUUUAAACCCUUUUUUUAAAUUAAUGUGUUUUAUGUUUUAUCGCA